CACGUGCAAUAGAGACAACAUGGCGAGAUCGAAGGACAAGAAGAAGGACGCAGAAAACGGCGAAGCAGAUGAAACAAAGGACGAUUCGAGGAUUGAUGAACCUACUAUGGACUAUGAAGAACUUGUGAAAAGAGUAUGUGUAAUUGCAAAGCCCCUCGCAAGCAGAAAACUUACAAAACGAUUGUACAAAACUGUCAAGAAAGGUAAGCGUGGUGUUUAUCUGUAUGGCUUAAUGGCAUAGGUUUCGAUUGCGAUUUGACUGAGAUCCAGCGAUAAAAGUUUGAUCAGGGCUGUCUAAAAUUGUUCUUUAGCUUCUAAAGGAUAUACCGUUCAUUUCUUUGUUAAAAAGUUACGAUACCCAACAGGAUUGUUAAUUGUUUGGUACAGAUACCUUCAUGUAAAGUGUGUUUUUUUCUUCUCUCUAGCAUCCAAAGCGAAGAGUUUGAGGAGAGGAGUCAAAGAAGUAGCAAAAGCCUUACGAAAAGGCGAGAAAGGGUGAGAGAUGUGAUAAUCAUGAACAAUUACUGUUUUGGUAAAUGGUUCAUAUGAUCUGCUGAGACUCUAAUAAGCUCAACAAAUCGUUAAGUACAGUAGACAGUGAAACAUGUUUUUGUGUGUGAAAGUGAUAUCUGUAUGGUGGCAAUCUUUUUCUGUAAGGUUUGUUGUCAUAGCUGGUGAUGUCUCCCCAAUUGAUGUCAUAUCCCAUAUUCCCAUUGUCUGUGAGGACAACAAAAUACCAUAUGCUUAUGUACCAUCAAGAUUGGUGAGUAAUUCUGCUUUUUCUUCUUUAUGGAUGAACUUAAUUUUUACACUAUUACAACAGUAUUUUGUAGUUUAAUUCCUAAACAGAUAAGUAACUCAUUGACAAUUAUUUUAGCCCUUUACAAGAACCUUUAGAAAUAGACUAAGAUUUUGAGAAUGCAAGUAGUGGGGUAAAAAUCAGCUAAUAAUUGGGGGCAAAAGUUGUUCAGGGCUAGUAUUUGGUGCAGGGGACUUCAGAUUAUCAGGUGUGAGUUUGACAAAGGUUUGAAUAACUUUUUCCAUAAGCAGCUGCAGAUAGUGUGAUAGGCAGCUGGAUUCAGAAAAGUAGCCUGCAGUGCAGGCGUCUUAUUAAGGCAAGCUAAAGUUAUAAGCUUGCGAUCAUUCAUCUGACCAGCCAUGUUUGAUUUGCCUACCACUGCCAUUGAAAUCAAAGAUGGCAGCCAUAAUUUUCAUUAAGAGAAUUAUUAAAAUUAUGCCUGCUCUGUAGGCUAUUGGAAAAGGAGCUGUAAGGCAGAACCCAAACACAAGAGCCUGCUCACAGGCUAAAAAGACAGUGAUAAGAGGUGUUAUAGGUAAUGUUAGAUCACCAACAAAUGGCUUUUACCAAACCCUUGGCUUGACCUUCAGUUAGGUGAUGGUGUUGUGUUCAUGAGCAAAACCUUUAGAGUACCUUACUGUAUGUGUGCUUUGGUGGGCUUGUGUAGGUUCCUCAGGGCUAUGCCCCUUGGGGUUGUGGAAUGCACCUGGAAUAUUGCUCCAGCUACACCAGUCCAGGUGUUCAAACUCAAAUUGUAUCAACAGUUACUAACUAGUGUUUUUUUUUAAGGGAACUCUACAGUUGCUUCAUGACACAGAGACAUGAGAGAUGUGACAGUCUGAUGACUCCAUCAGUGAUACUGAAUUUGUUUAUUUGCAGGACCUUGGAGCUGCAAGUCAAACCAAACGACCCACAAGUAUAGUAUUGGUCAAGUCCCAUGAAGACUUUGAAGACAACUACAAAGAGUGUUUUUCAGAAGUGAAGAGCUUGCCACUUCCAUUAUAAUCUUCUCAAAUAUGCAUUUUGUGGGGGGGGGGAGGUUAAAUCCAGAGCUCAAAGCCCAGUCAGUCCUCUUAACUAGUCUUACAGCUUUAUUAAAUUAAUGUAAGAAGUCAUUUCUUCUUAAGAACUGACUGGGUCAAAAAGCAUUGGUGAAAAUGUUGCACCACUGAUGUAUACAUGUGAUAUCUAAAACCCUCUUAACUGCAUGUGACAGAUUUGUUUGUCAGUGGUAACUAUCGCAAAGCUAGGAAAAGCCAGGGCCUAUGUAUUAAAUGAAAUGAGAAAUCCAAAAUCAUUUCCCAUUUGUAUGAUAUUGUUGACUGGAUGCAUUUUGUUGCUAGGCUGAAACAAUAUGGUACUUUUCCCAUUCAUACACUGGUUGUCUUAGGUGUAAGACAUUUUAAAGUCUUUUGUCUAAUUAUUUUGAGGUUUAUUUUUUAGUGAAGCCACACAAUCACAAUAAUAAUUGGUAUGUAGAUUUGAUGAGUGAGGUUGUUAAUUUUUUUGUCAAUUUUGUAUCAUUUACCCGAUUAUGAAAGAAUGAUUUACCACAGAUGAAUAGGCACUUCCCAGUCAGCAAUCUUAUGGUAAAAAAAUGCCUUGAACUGGAAAGCAGAUUAUACACUUAGACAUCAGAGAAAAUAUGGGUAAAGUUGAUGUAUUUGGGUUAUUUAGGGUAGGAAUUUGCUCUCCCGCAAGGUGUUUUUUAGCUGGUGUAAUAACUAACUGCAUAGGGCUUUACCAUCACUUUGGUGCUUUUGCAAAACUGGUCAAAAAGUCUCUUUUAUGUAAGACUUUGUUCUGUGUUGUUUAUGCAUGAUGCAUAGAAUAAACCCAAGUGGAAAACAAGAUAUGUCCACCAGUACCUUGCAUAUAUAUUUUCUCUGAAUUCUGAUACUUGAAUGGCUGCCAUAAUAACAAUUAAAAUAAGUUGUGAAGUGACUAGUCAUUUGACUCCAGACUCUAAUGGCCUGGAAAAUUUGAUGGUUUGUUGUGGUUUUUUAAAAGGAAAGAUUGUAAAGUGUAAACUGGGGGAUGUAGCUAGUCUGCAUAAAAACUGUGAAGUUGUCUGGUG